AGAGGGUUGAGAGAGCAGACUACUGCGUAGAGCUAUUACAUCCACAUACAGCCAUUGCAGUACAUUCACUAUCCAGACAAGACAGUGAUAUUUAGGCCAAGAUGGGGAAGGAUCCGACAAAACCAAGGGGCAAAAUGUCCUCUUAUGCAUACUUUGUCCAGACCUGCCGAGAGGAGCACAAGAAGAAACACCCCGAGGCGACGGUCAACUUCUCGGAGUUUUCCAAAAAAUGCUCCGAGCGAUGGAAGACUAUGUCUGCCAAGGAAAAAGGGAAGUUUGAAGACAUGGCCAAACUCGACAAGGCACGUUACGAGAGGGAGAUGAAGAACUACAUUCCACCCAAAGGCGAGAAGAAGAAGAGGUUUAAGGACCCCAAUGCUCCCAAGAGACCCCCGUCUGCCUUCUUCAUUUUCUGCUCCGAGUUCCGACCCAAGGUGAAAGGAGAGACCCCUGGUCUGUCUAUCGGAGAUGUGGCCAAGAAACUGGGUGAGAUGUGGAACAAAAUCUCAUCUGAAGAGAAGCAGCCGUACGAGAAGAAGGCUGCCAAGCUGAAGGAGAAGUACGAGAAGGACAUCGCCGCCUAUCGCUCUAAAGGCAAAGUGGGAGGAGGCGCAGCCAAAGCCCCAUCCAAGCCGGACAAGGCUAAUGAUGAGGACGAAGACGACGAUGAAGAGGAGGACGAGGAUGACGAUGAUGAAGAGGAGGAGGAUGACGAGUAGAUAAAUAACGUUUAGAGCUUAGCUUGUUGUCUAUAAAGCAUUUAACCCCCUUGUACACUUUACUGAGGCCAUAAAAUGGGUAAAUAAAAAAAGAAAAGUAAAAAAAAAAUCAAAUAAGGCUGUGUAUAUGAUAUGUUUUUAAGCUGUACAGUUUCUUUUGUUUCCUUGUUUUUGUAUAGUUAACACUACAGAAGUGUCAUCUGUGUUCGUCCGAUUGCCCCAACCCUUGAUUGAGUUCUUAGUUUAAUUUCUUAAACAUGGUUCCAACACCACUAUCCUUGCCUGGUACAGUUUAAAAAAAGAAGUAAAUAAAUGGGGGUUGUAAAAUUGUCUUGGGUUCAGUGGAGUUUUAGACGUGCGCAGCACACAACCUAGUUUCAUGUGAGGUUGUAGUUCAUAUCUUAAUGUACUUUUUGUUUGUUUACUUGUUUUUUUUUUCAGAUCAAAUAUUAUCAUCAUUAGUAAGUUGCCGUAUCAAAGUUAUUUUACUGUAUUUUGAAUACCACUGUAAUUGCAGAAAUGAUUCAAAAAUGUAAUUGUUUUGUUCUGGUAUGCUUCUGACAUCAAUAAACUUUUUUUUAAUAAA